UCAAAUGAUAUUCAAAUUUCAGAGUCUGGGGCUUUAGGGAUCUUUUUCUUCUUCGUGUUACAAGUCUUGGAAAAUAACUCAAGAAAAAAGAAAAUGCAGCCACAACCAACCCAGUCUAUGAAUUCUUCCACUUCAACGCCUUUCAAUCUCAUCACCACUGAACAGAUUCAGAAGUACUUGGAAGAGAAUAAAAACUUGAUUAUGGCAAUACUGGAAAAUCAGAACCUGGGGAAAAUGGUUGAAUGUGCCCAGUACCAAGCUAUCCUUCAGAAGAAUUUGAUGUAUUUAGCAGCAGUUGCUGAUGCCCAGCCACCACCAGGAUCAACAUCGUCGCAGGUUCCCUCUAGUUCUGUUGCUUCACAAGGAAACUAUUUGCCGCAGACUAAAGCUUCAGCUGUUAAACAGCCAAUGGCAAAGUUGCCAUUCCAGGUUAAUGCACUCCAACCUCAAGACCAGCAAAAUCAAGUACUCCAUUUCCAAAAACAGCAACAGAUGCAAGGGCACUUUGGCCUUGGAGGUGGUGUCAAUAACAGCAUGCAUUUUCUUAUGCAACCUGGAGUUGGCAUUUCAGGCAGUUUGAUGGAUUUGAGAGGACCCCAACCUGGUGGAUUGGAAGCUAUUUCUGGUGAUGGCCAAGGGAACUCGGGUUUAGGACGUACUGAGGGUAGAGAUUGAUUUCCUAAUGGUUAUACAAACUUAUAGGUGGGAUAAGAAGAAACUUUUUUGGGUGAUGUUUUAGAAACAUUUUUGGGUGAUGUCUCACCUGUUUCUUGUGAUUCUUGUAUGAAACAAUCUAUAAUAAUAUUUUCGUUAACUUUGCAGCAA